AUGCGGGCAAAGACAUCAGAUUUUCCCAUGUUAGAGCCUGGUUGGACUGCGCAGGAGGAGAUGGCUCUGUUAGAGGCCGUCAUGGACUGUGGUUUUGGAAACUGGCAGGACGUGGCUUACCAGAUGCGCACCAAGACCAAAGAGGAGUGUGAAGGGCACUACAUGAAGAACUUCAUCAACAAUCCUCUGUUCUCCUCCACUCUGCUCAGUCUCAGACAGAUGGAAGAUCGCCUGUCCCGGACAGCAGACACAGCCAUUCCCUUUAAGCCCACUGAUGAUCCUCCAAGGCCUUCAUUCGAUUCUCAGCUGUCCAGAGAUAUGGCUGGAUACAUGCCGGCUCGAGCAGACUUCAUGGAGGAGUUUGAUAAUUAUGCUGAAUGGGAUUUGAAAGAUAUCGACUUUGUUGACGAUGACUCUGAUAUUCUUCACGCACUGAAGGUUGCAGUAGUUGACAUAUAUCACACCAGGCUUGAAGAGAGACAGCAGAGAAAGAGGAUCAUUCGAGACCACGGCCUCAUCAACCUACGCAAAUUUCAGAUUCUGGAGAGGCGUUAUCCUAAGGAAGUGCAGGACCUUUAUGAUGUCAUGAGGCAUUUUGCACGUGUGGUGGGUCCCAUAGAGCACGACAAGUUCAUCGAGAGUCACGCCUUGGAGUGUGAGCUGAGGAGGGAGAUCUGCAGACUGCAGGAGUACAGGAGAGAGGGAAUACAGUCCUUCUGCGGUGCUAAAGUGUACGAGAGAGUGAAACGCAUACGAGAGGACGAGCGCAGGAAAAGGAACAUGCUGUGUGACGUCCUGCAGUACAUUUACGACGCUCGUGCGUGCCAGCAGUGGCUCCACAAACAGGCUGCCAUUGAUGCAGGAAUCACCCCUGUGGUCACCACUAUCACUACCUCAGGCAGAAGAAGCGCACCUCCUCUCAACCUAACAGGACUGCCUGGCACCGAGAAACUCAACGAGAGAGAAAAAGAGUUAUGUCAGGUGGUUCGUCUGGUGCCUGGGGCGUAUCUGGAGUACAAACAGGCCCUUCUGAACGAGUGCCGGCGGCAGGGGGGUCUACGGCUGGCACAGGCCCGAUCGCUCAUCAAGAUAGAUGUCAACAAGACACGCAAAAUCUACGAUUUCCUUAUCAAAGAGGGCUACAUCAAUAAGGCUUAGUGUUGAUUGAACUGCUGCAAGGACAUCUGAUAGAUGAAGACUCAUACUCGUUGUGGAUCAUUCAUGUUGAGAAUGAGCAAUGAGAGGUGACAGGUUUUAAGUACACUGGUUUAAUGUACUUUAUUUGAAGUCAUUGAUUCCUUACAGAUCUGCACCUGUUUGUUUUUGAAAGACUGACAGGGUGCUCCUGUAAAGCUGUGUUUGUGUAAAAAAAAACUGCUGCUGUUUGUACAGGUGAGAAUCUCACACUGUAAUAUUAAAAGUCAUUUUAUUUGUCUACAUGCCCUUAAAAUGGUCGAUUAACUUUUGAACUCUGGAAUUGUUAGAUGAAUAUCACAAGGUCUUUGAAGAACAUUUA